UAUUCUUCAAUAGUAUUUGAUGUGUUGGAGUUUAUUUAUUUUAUUGUUAAAAUACUGUGUUAAAAAAGUGCAGAAUUAAAAUUGAUUAUGACUUCAUUCGACACAAAAUAUGAUAUGUACCCUGCCGGGGAUGUUGGUGUUGUUGAGGGAGAGAUGAACAUACCUACCCGGGGUAUGCCAUCUGGAGACAGCAUGGAAUUUAACACACUUGACGAGCCCAUUAAAGAAACCUUUCUUCGAGAUCUGAGAGCAGUGGGAAAUAAAUUUUACCAUGUACUACUCCCUAGAGAGAAGUCUAGUUUGUUAAAAGAAUGGGACUUAUGGGGCCCUCUGUUGCUCUGCACCCUGAUGGCCACGAUCCUGCAGGGUACAGAAGCAGCUGACAACACUAACGACGGCGGCCCCGAGUUCGCUGAAGUCUUCGUACUAGUCUGGAUAGGGGCCGCUGUUGUCACAAUUAACUCCAAACUCUUGGGAGGCAAUAUAUCGUUCUUCCAGUCGGUGUGCGUGCUGGGCUACUGCAUGUUCCCGGUGGCGCUGUCGCUGGUCUUGUGUCGCAUCAUACUGUUCACCACACAGACCACCUUCCUGUUCUUCUUGAGGCUCGUCAUAUCCAUGGUCGGAUUCAUGUGGGCCACUUUUGCCGCUACAAAGUUCCUAGGCGACAGCCAGCCGGACGGCAAGAAGGCAUUAGCCGUGUACCCCAUCUGCCUGUUCUACUUCAUCCUGUCGUGGCUCGUCGUGUCGCACAGCAACGUGUAAGCGGCGCCCGCAGCGCCCUCUGUGACUACUGACUGCUAGUGUAAUUGUGAAUAUGUUGAUAAGUGCAUCACUUCCACUAACUAAUCAAUCUGUCUGUGCCAAUACAAUCAGGACAAAGGCAUAAAUAGUCAAGUGUUGUUAUUGCACAAUUUAUUUGAGUUUCUUUAGUAUUCGUUUUAGGUUUAGUCACUUUGUACUUCUUGUAUUGACACAGGGUUUAUGUAUUUAUUGAAACUGAUUGUGACGUCAUCGAUGUUCGGUUUUUGAUACACUUACUUGUAUGGUAUAUGGCACAAUGUAAACAUUCCAGUUUUAGCCUCCUCGACGUGAGUUAUUCUUAACUAAGAUUGUAGAUGACAUUUUUGUAUAUAUUAUCAAUUAAAAAACUAUUUUCCGUC